UGUAUUUUUUUUUACAUUAUAUUUUUAUCAUGUCUCACCUUUUCAUGGAUCACCUUUUUGUAUAACCCCCUCAUGAUUAUCAGUGCCUUUGUUAUUUCAACCCUUCGACUACAAUGCAAUAGCUUGCUUCCCAGACUCCAUGCCUUUCCUGUGGUCAAUCCUGUGUGGUCCAAGAGUUUUCUUUUUUGCUUCUGUUGCUUUUCCUUCUUACAUGAUCUUCCAACUAUCUUUUUAGUGGCAUUAAAUGUAUGUCAUGACAUGCAAUCUGAAAAAAUUGUUUGGAGCCUGGGGUGCAAAAGUUGAGUUUUAUUUUGGUAUGUGUUUGAACAUAAUCUGACCCACUUUAUGGUUGUCAUGUUUUCUUUGGGAAAGGUAGUUAGGUCCUCACUGUUUAAAAGGAGCCUUUUUGCCUAACAAACGUGGGUUGCACAUAGGUUGUGUGUGAGUCGAAGGGUUGUUGGUGUCAGUCUACAUAAUAUUGGGAUGUGUGUAAUUUUCUUGAUGAGAGUUAGAAAGUGGGAGGGUUAGCUAACUAACCAUGGGUGCCAGAUACUUACAGGGGACAGGAAUAAUCAAGUAAUUAAUAUAGUGAGAGAAAAAAAUAUAUAUUUUUUUUUUGUCCUGCCAUCCUCAGAUUUGUCUGGCCCCAAAGGUAAAAGGCUUGUAAUAGUUAACACUCAGUUGGCAUUUUAGCUGUAAUGAAUCCCUUAGGUCCUUAAGGACACUGGAAAAACAAGCCAAAUGUAGGCCGGCAACCACAACCACCUUAUUCCUACACUUUAUUUCUAUCCAGUUUUGCUUAAAAAGUUCUUUUUACUCCAUUUAAAUUUGGGUAACCAGUUUAGGUUUUUUUUUAGUCACAUAGUUUGUAGGUUUUAAUCCCCUGACAGUCUGAGCCGUAUUGGCCUGAAUGGAUUCGGGUUGGGUCUAGCUGUCUAAAGCCUGCAUGUAGAGAGAGCUCUUGUUACAACGUUGUAUGUUGCAAAUAUAUUUUUAUUUUACAACUCUCUCUGUAAAAUAGAAAUAUGUUAUCAAGAAAACAAAAUGUGUACCACAAUACCACAGGCCCAUACUAACUGUCCUUAAUUUCUCUCCUACAGCAGUACUGCUUUGCCAGUCCUGUACUGCACUCUGUUAAGGGUGCAGCAACUCAUCCUGUGUAGGUUAUGGGAAACACAGAGCUGUGAACUUGUCAGUUUGGUCAGGGUCUACUGGCUGCUUGUUUGGGGAAGUCAGAUGCAGCCCAGCUACAGCAAACAUCAGUCUCCUCAGAGCCCCACGUUUUUCUGUUUGGCUUCUUUCAAAACACAAAUUCAAUAUUUGACAUUUAUGCAAUGCCUUUUUGAUUGAAAAUUAUUGGCCAAAUUUAAGACCAAAUUAUUUUUUUACUGAGCUGCUUUCCAAACUUAAAUUAUCCAUUUUUGCAUCAGAAUGACGAAGUAAAUAUUUAAGUUUCUGAAUGUACUGAAGUGAAGCAGUUUAUAGCUGUAGCCUAGCAUCUGUUAGUAAAAUGUGGACCACAAAUAUUUUUAAAUGAGGAGCAUCACACAACGAAGUUGCUGUUUUUUAAAGUCUGUGAUUAUUUUUGAGUUCUUUAAUUUUAUGCAACACAGGUGGUAUUCUUUUAUGUGUGCGUUUAAACCAUUUUCCAAAGUGUUACUAAUGGUAAAAAGCAAUUUUCUAGGCUGCUUUUCUGCCGGUUGAAGUCUGACUGCAGAAGGACCCUUGGCACUGAAAGUGGGGCAAAACACCGGACCCAAAGAUGAAAGUCAGGUCAUAUGUGGACAUCAUGUUGGAACAGAAUCUGUCCAAAGAAGAGAGGGAGAUUCGGAUGCAGCUGGCGGAGAAGGCCAAGGCAGGGGAAUUGAAAGUUGUAAACGGGUCUGCAGCCAGCCAGGCAGCCACGAAACGCAAGCGCCGCUGGGACCAGACAGCUGAUCAAACACCCUCUAAUGCUACACCCAAAAAGAUGUCCAGUUGGGACCAGGCCGAUGCCAAUGUUGAGACUCCUGGGCACACCCCUGCACACACACCAUCAAACAGUCGCUGGGAUGAAACCCCUGGUCGUCCCAAGGGCAGCGAGACCCCAGGAGCCACUCCCAGCACCCGCAUGUGGGACCCCACGCCCAGCCACACACCUGCCGGUGCCGCGACUCCUGGCAGAGACACUCCUGGCCAUGCUACGCCAGGCCACGGUGGAGCCACAGGGAGCGUACGCAAAAACCGUUGGGAUGAAACCCCAAAGACAGAAAGAGAGACUCCAGGACACGGCAGUGGCUGGGCUGAAACCCCACGUACAGACAGAGGAGACGAAUCCGUGGGUGAGACGCCGACCCCGGGAGCUUCCAAGAGGAAGUCUCGCUGGGAUGAAACGCCUGCCAGUCAAAUGGGAUCGUCAACGCCUCUGCUCACACCAGGAAAGACACCAAUUGGAACACCAGCAAUGAACAUGGCCACCCCAACACCAGGACACCUGAUGAGCAUGACUCCAGAGCAGUUGCAAGCUUGGAGGUGGGAGCGGGAAAUUGAUGAAAGAAACCGUCCACUUACAGAUGACGAGCUUGAUGCCAUGUUUCCAGAAGGAUACAAGGUCUUGCCUCCACCUGCAGGUUACGUUCCAAUUCGUACACCUGCCCGUAAACUUUCGGCCACACCGACACCCAUUGGAGGGAUGACAGGUUUCCACAUGCAGGUUGAAGAUCGCACCACGAAACAGAUGAAUGACCAACCAUCCGGAAAUCUCCCUUUCCUCAAACCAGACGACAUCCAGUAUUUCGACAAACUACUGGUGGAAGUGGAUGAGUCCACUUUGAGCCCAGAGGAACAGAAGGAAAGAAAGAUUAUGAAGCUGCUGCUAAAAAUUAAAAAUGGAACACCACCCAUGAGGAAGGCUGCACUGCGUCAGAUCACGGAUAAAGCCCGUGAAUUUGGAGCCGGUCCCCUGUUCAACCAGAUUCUGCCACUUCUGAUGUCGCCUACCCUAGAGGAUCAGGAGCGUCACUUGCUGGUCAAAGUUAUUGAUCGAAUUCUUUAUAAACUGGAUGACUUGGUUCGACCAUAUGUGCACAAGAUUCUGGUGGUGAUUGAGCCACUGCUGAUUGAUGAAGAUUACUAUGCCCGAGUGGAAGGUCGAGAAAUUAUAUCCAACUUGGCAAAGGCAGCCGGGUUGGCCACAAUGAUCUCCACUAUGCGACCUGAUAUCGACAACAUGGAUGAGUACGUAAGAAACACCACAGCCAGAGCCUUUGCCGUCGUGGCCUCUGCCCUGGGUAUUCCUUCACUGCUGCCCUUCCUCAAGGCUGUGUGUAAAAGCAAAAAGUCCUGGCAAGCUAGACACACGGGCAUCAAGAUUGUGCAGCAGAUCGCCAUCCUCAUGGGCUGUGCCAUUCUGCCCCAUCUUCGUAGCUUGGUGGAGAUUAUUGAACAUGGUCUGGUAGAUGAGCAGCAGAAGGUGAGGACCAUCAGUGCCCUGGCCAUAGCUGCUCUUGCUGAAGCUGCUACACCCUAUGGUAUUGAGUCCUUUGACUCCGUCCUUAAGCCGCUCUGGAAGGGUAUCAGGCAGCACAGAGGAAAGGGUUUGGCGGCUUUUCUCAAAGCUAUUGGUUACUUGAUUCCACUGAUGGAUGCCGAGUAUGCCAACUACUACACCAGAGAGGUGAUGUUGAUCCUUAUCAGAGAGUUCCAGUCACCCGAUGAAGAGAUGAAGAAGAUUGUGCUUAAGGUGGUGAAGCAGUGUUGUGGUACAGAUGGUGUUGAGGCAAACUACAUAAAGACUGAAAUCCUGCCGCCGUUCUUCAAACACUUCUGGCAGCACAGAAUGGCUCUGGAUAGGCGUAACUACAGACAGUUGGUGGACACCACCGUGGAGUUGGCUAACAAAGUGGGAGCCGCCGAGAUCAUUUCUCGCAUCGUUGAUGACCUGAAAGACGAGGCUGAGCAGUACAGAAAGAUGGUGAUGGAGACCAUUGAGAAAAUUAUGGGUAAUCUGGGCGCCGCUGACAUCGACCACAAGCUGGAGGAACAGCUGAUCGACGGUAUUCUGUAUGCGUUCCAGGAGCAGACGACAGAGGACUCUGUGAUGCUGAACGGUUUUGGAACAGUGGUCAAUGCCCUCGGAAAGCGCGUGAAACCGUACCUCCCGCAGAUCUGUGGUACGGUGCUGUGGCGUCUGAAUAACAAGUCCGCAAAGGUCCGACAGCAGGCUGCUGACCUCAUCUCCCGCACUGCUGUCGUCAUGAAGACUUGUCAGGAGGAGAAGCUGAUGGGUCACUUGGGUGUGGUGCUAUACGAGUACCUGGGAGAAGAGUAUCCUGAAGUGCUGGGAAGUAUCCUAGGAGCUCUGAAGGCCAUUGUCAAUGUCAUUGGUAUGCACAAGAUGACUCCUCCAAUCAAAGACCUGCUUCCUCGUCUCACGCCCAUCCUGAAGAACAGACAUGAGAAGGUACAGGAGAAUUGUAUCGACCUGGUGGGAAGAAUUGCUGACAGGGGAGCUGAGUACGUGUCCGCCAGGGAGUGGAUGAGGAUUUGCUUCGAGCUGCUCGAGUUGCUGAAAGCUCACAAGAAGGCAAUCCGCAGAGCCACGGUCAACACGUUUGGCUACAUCGCCAAAGCCAUCGGUCCCCACGAUGUCUUGGCUACUCUUCUCAACAAUCUUAAAGUACAAGAGCGUCAGAACAGAGUCUGUACAACUGUGGCAAUUGCCAUUGUUGCCGAGACCUGUUCACCCUUCACAGUGCUGCCGGCACUUAUGAAUGAGUAUCGAGUCCCAGAGCUUAACGUCCAAAACGGUGUGCUGAAAUCCCUGUCCUUCCUGUUUGAGUACAUUGGAGAGAUGGGCAAAGACUACAUCUACGCUGUCACACCGCUGUUGGAGGACGCGCUCAUGGACAGAGAUCUGGUCCACAGACAGACUGCCAGCGCUGUGGUGCAGCACAUGUCUCUCGGCGUCUACGGCUUCGGCUGUGAAGACUCUCUGAACCACCUGCUCAACUAUGUGUGGCCCAACGUGUUUGAGACAUCGCCUCAUGUAAUCCAGGCUGUUAUGGGAGCAUUGGAGGGACUGAGGGUCGCCAUUGGACCCUGCCGCAUGUUGCAGUACUGCUUACAGGGUUUGUUCCAUCCAGCCCGAAAGGUUCGAGAUGUCUACUGGAAAAUCUACAACUCCAUCUACAUCGGGUCACAAGACGCUCUCAUUGCUCACUACCCACAGGUCUACAAUGAUGAUAAAAACAUUUAUGUUCGUUAUGAGCUUGAAUAUGUCUUGUAAAUACAAACCUAUGCUUUCUUUCCCCGGUCAUGUCAGUUACUUUUUUUUUUUUCAAGCAAAUGAUUGAUCUUUAUCAAUUGCUUAAAUUAAAAACUCCAUUCUGAGGCCACCUAGGGAUCAUUUUAAAAAAAAAAGAGUGAAAAAUAGGGAGUUAAGGGGAAUAAAAAAGAAAACAUUGUAGAGUCUGUAAGUAUUUUCUUUUUCUUUUUUUUUUAAUGUUUCUUUAAGAAAUUAAGUCAUGCUCAGAUGAGCCCUAGUUAAGUAAUGCAACGCUGUCAUGAAAAUGUUUUAAUUACUUAGGAUUUUAUGUGUGUUGGUGUUUUUUGCCAGUUGUCUGUAUCAUCUUUACAGAGACACACACAUCCAUACACACACACACACACCCUCCCUCCUAUCCAUGUUUUCAGACUUUUUUGCUUUAUUUAAUCAAAAUAAAAUGUUUGUGUAUAAAAGUCA